GCAAUACAACAUUCAAGAAGUACGCUAUCAUCCUGAAUAUUUCUGCUGGCUCUCGUUUCCUGUUGUGGAACCUUGCUCUUCUCCCCCGCGGCUUAUCAACUGUUCCUUCUCUGCUUUCUCCUCACGCGGAUGCAUGGGUACAUGAUUGAUCGAGGAACUCCUCCAUUAUCUAUCUGUCCCUUCUAUCUCGCCUCGCUUAUCUCUUUUGUCCCCAUGGAGUUUUUAUAGAGAUAUUGUGCGGUGGUUUCUCUUUCUAUCUAUCAAUAACUCUUCCUCAUCUUAUCCUUUCGUGUUCACUCGGCGUCCCCUUCCAAUUUCUAUGCGAUCUCCAACUCUCCAAGCACUGGGCAUGGAAAGCAUCAAGAUUCCGUCCCCUUCGGCUAUUCUGGAUAUUCCCUCAUCUUCCCCUCCUUCUGUUCCUCCUGCUGUUACCACUGGUGGUGGUGUUGGUUCUUCUUCAUCUUUCCCUGCCCCUUCUAUCUCCUCGUCGGCUCCUCCAGCCAGAUCAUCUCUCUCCGCAGCAAGGACGGGUACGGCAGGUGGGAAUGCGUCCAGCAAGCCUAAGCAGUCAAAGAGUCGUAAUGGUACAGUAUACCAGACAUUCUCAUUGAUCGGUUAUGAUAUAAUGGUGCAUGGAUAUGAAUACAUGAACGGAGGAGCAUAAAAUCGAAUUAGCAGCGUGUAAUGUACAAGGUGCUGACCUUCUGCUCCUACUUGUUAUCCAGGCUGUAUUACCUGCAAGGCUAAACGACUGAAGUGCGACGAGUCCAAACCAACCUGUCUUCAAUGUGAACGGCGCAAGGUACAAUGCGGAGGAUACAAGAAGGAUUUCAAGUGGCGACCCUUCGAAGAGACCAAUGCAGCGAACAGGACUUCUGCAAAGGCGAGGAAUGUCACUUUGCCACCUCCACCCCCGACCACGUCGAACAAAAGUUCAACAGGGAAUGUUUCACGUCCG